CCGUCGCGGAGGAAGCGGGCUCCGCGGAAAGGGGCGGGCCUCGUACGCCAAGGCGGCUGGUUUGAAAAGUGACAACAGUUGGAGGCUUUGGGGUUUGUCAUUUCGCUUGUCUCCAGUCUUCUGAGAGCUGCUGCGACCACAGAAGGACCUUGCCGAGCCAUUCCUGAGUCUGCAGAGGAGGAGACUCUCAGAAUGGAGACUCUGUCAUUCCCCAGAUACAAUGUAACCGAGAUUGUGGUUCAUAUUCGAAAUAAAAUACUAACAGGAGCUGAUGGCAAAAACCUCUCUAAGAAUGAUCUCUAUCCAAACCCAAAGCCUGAGGUCUUGCACGCUAUCUACAUGAAAGCCUUACAGAUAGUGUAUGGGAUCCGGCCGGAGCACUUCUACAUGAUGCCGGUGAACGUAGAAGUCAUGUAUCCACAACUAAUGGAGGGCUUUUUACCAAUCACCAAUUUAUACUCUCAUCUGGCCUCCUUUAUGCCCAUCUGCCGAGUGAAUGACUUUGAGUUCUCCGAUCUUCUGUAUCCAAAAGGCAAACGGACAAUGCGGUUUUUGAGUGCUAUUAUCAACUUUAUUCACUUCAGAGAAGCAUGCCAGGAGACGUAUGCAGAGUUUCUUUUGGAAAAUAAAUCCUCUGCAGACAAAAUGCAGCAGUUAAGGAGUGUGCACCAGGAAGCAUCGAUGAAACUGGAGAAACUCGAGUCAGUUCCAGUUGAAGAGCAGGAAGAGUUCAGGCAGCUUAUGGAUGACAUUCAAGAGCUGCAGCACUUGCUGAACCACGAGUUUAGGCAGAAAACGGCAGUGCUGCAGGAGGGAAUUGCCCAAAAGAAAUCAGCUAUUUCAGAAAAGACCAAGCGUUUGAAUGAGCUAAAGCUGUCCUUGGCUUCUUUGAAAGAAGUUCAAGACAGCUUGAAAAGCAAAGUUGUGGACUCUCCCGAGAAGGUGAAGAACUUGAAAGAGAAGAUGAAGGACACUGUCCAGAAGCUCCAGAGUUCCCGGCAAGAAGUGAUGGAGAAGUAUGAACUCUAUAGAGACUCUGUGGAUUGCCUGCCUUCCUGUCAGCUGGAGGUGCAGUUAUAUCAAAAGAAAAUCCAGGACCUUGCAGAUAACAGGGAGAAACUGAGCAGCAUCUUGAAGGAGUGCUUGAACCUGGAGGACCAGAUUGAAAGUGAUUCAUCAGAACUAAAGAAACUGAAGACUGAAGAAAACUCACUCAAAAGACUGGUGACUGUGAAGAAGGAGAAGCUUGCCACCACACGCUUCAAGAUAAACAAGAAGCAGGAAGACGUGAAGCAGUACAAGCGGACAGUGAUCGAAGAUUGCAAUAAAGUUCAAGAAAAAAGAGAUGCUGUCUGUGAGCAGGUAACCACCAUUAACCAAGAGAUCCAGAAGAUUAAAUCUGGGAUUCAGCAACUGAAAGAUGCCGAGAAAAGGGAGAAACUGAAGUCUCAGGAAAUCUUUGUCAACUUGAAAAGCGCUCUGGAGAAGUACCAUGAGAGCAUUGAGAAGACCACGGAGGAGUGCUGCACUAGAACAGAAGAGAAGACUGCCGAGCUGAGGAAGAGGAUGUUCCGAGUGCGGCCUUGAUCCCGUUUCCCUUCGGCGUAGUUACAGCAAUGCUAAUAGAAGUGCCAGCCACGUACGCUAACUUACCCCGGUCACCUGGUCACCUGGUCACCUGGUCACCGCUGGUUCCUAUUUCCCUUCGGCGUAGUUACAGCGAUGCUAAUAGAAAUACUGGCCACGUACACUAACUUACCAGGUCACCUGGUCACCGCUGGUUCCUGUUUCCCUUUGGCAUAGUUACAGCGAUGCUAAUAGAAGUACCGGCCAUAUCCACUAACUUACCCGGUCACCUGGUCACUGCUGGUUCCCGUUUGCCUUUGGUGUGCUUUUAUAGGCUGAUGUGCUCCCUGUGUUUUUUCUUUGUAUUUUAAGUACCAAAAAUAAUAGGACAGCAAAUAAAGGUAGAAAUACUUAAUAGAUAGAAUUUUGAGAAAUUGUUCAGUAUCCACUAGGCAAGAGGUCUAGUAUUGAUAUUCAAAGGUAAAAUGAAGGCGUUCUUUUGGUUGGUGUGACUUUUCCUAAGCACACAUUGUUGAAGGACAACUAAGGUUUUAGGAUUAAGCUAUGUCAUAAGCAGAACUGUUAAAUAUUUUUUUAACCUUUCACUUAUACCAUGAAAUAAACUUAAAUGAGCUUCAAGACCUUCAUUUGAAAUGAAGUCUUUCUGAAUCCUAUUUGAACUGUCCUCAGGCAAUGCAGGGACCCUCCAGCUCACUGAGUCCACUACACUUCCACAGGCUUGCAUGCUUCUUUGCAUGGUUUAUUACAGCUUUAUUUGGUUCUGCUGGAAAGCAUUCAUCUUUCAGCCUUAGUCCAAACUGAGACAUAAUAUUUUUGAAAAGUAUUUUUAUUAUUUUCAGUUAUGUAGAUACAUGCAUUUGAGUUCAGGUGUCAGAUAAUCUGGGGAUGCCAGUGUGGAUGCUGGGAACUAAAUUCAGGAUCUCCAUAAGAGCAGUAAGGGCUCUGAUCCACUGAGCCAUCCCCCAAGUCCCUAAAAUUUUAAUUACAUUUAUUUUUUGUAUAUGUGGGGGGCCACGGUGCACAUGUAAAGGACAGAGGACAACUUGGUAGAGUUGAUUCUUGCUUCCCACUAUGUGAGACCAAGGAUGCGAACUCAGGUCAUCAGGCUUGGUGGCAAGCCCCUCUAUGCUGCGCCAUCUCACUGGCCUUCUAUUUUCUGUAACAUUUGUUUUAUGUGGUGUCUUAUACCCAUUUCCAACAUGGCUGCCCUCUGUUCUGGAGGCUUGUGACUUCUCUGUUUUAACAUGGCUGCUCUCUGUUGUGGAGGCUUGUGACUUCUGUUUUAACAUUUCAAAUUCAGCGUUGUACCAUUUAUGUGCUUGCUUGUCACUCGAGUGUUUACUUAGGGAAGAAAUCAUUUUUGGUUUUUGUGACCAAAUAAUACAGCCACUGCAGCAGGCUUCUCCGUGUAGCAGGAAGCACUCUGACACUUCCUCCUACCAAAUACAUUUUCUAGUAACUAUCUUUAAUCAUCCCUUUUUGCCCCUAAACAGUUAAAAUUUAAUCAGAAGCCCUUGUCAUAAUCUACUCAAAUCCAUUUGGUUCUUCUGAUUGAAGAAUAAACUCUAAAAUUUA